UUGCCUGGUAAAAUCACCAUUUCAGAGGCUCCAUGUCAGUCAUGUAACUAUGGGAGCGAGCGGUUUAGCCACCGAAAACCAAUUUGGCGCGCUGUCCCUCCCCUCGCCGCCGGAUGAUCCGCCGGCACUUCCGCUUCCGCCUCCUCCUCCCCACCUUCUCCCACCCCAAGCGUCCGCCCCGCUGCGGCCUGGCUGCCAAUGCGGCGCUGCAGUGGCUAGACGACGAGCUCGCCUCGCUCGCGCUCCCCAGGCUCGACUCCUACGCGUGCGCAAGGCUGCUGCAGCGCUGCAUCGCGCGCGGCGACGCCCGCGCCGGCCAGGCCGUGCACGCGCACGUCGUGCAGCGCGGAGGCAUGGCGCGUCUGGACACCUUCUGCGGCAACGUCCUGCUGAACAUGUACGUGAAGCUCGGGACAAUGGCCUGCGCGCGCAGGUUGUUCGACGGAAUGCCCGAGCGGAACAUGGUGUCCUUCGUCACUCUCGUGCAGGGCCACGCGCUGCACGGGGAGUUCGAGGAGGCUGCGGUGCUAUUCCGGAGGCUGCGGAGGGAGGGGCACGAGGUGAACCAGUUUGUGCUGACCACGGUUCUGAAGCUGGUGGUCACCAUGGAUGCGCCAGGGCUUGCCUGCGGGGUGCACGCUUGCGCGUGCAAGUUGGGCCAUGACCGGAACGCCUUUGUGGGGUCGGCACUGAUUGAUGCUUACUCGCUUUGUGGGGUCGUCAGUGAUGCGAGCCGCGUGUUUGAUGCUAUCGUGGGGAAGGAUGCUGUCACCUGGACAGCGAUGGUUUCUUGCUAUUCUGAAAAUGACCGUCCAGAGGAUGCGCUUAUUGCUUUCUCCAAGAUGAGGAUGGCAGAUUCUAAGCCUAAUCCUUUUGUGCUUACCAAUGUGCUCAAGGCUGCAGUUUGCUUGUCAUCAGUUGUGCUUGGCAAGAACAUCCAUGGAUGCUCAGUGAAGACACUUUAUGAUACCGAGCCUCAUGUAGGUGGCGCUUUGCUUGACAUGUAUGCAAAAUGUGGAGACAUUGAGGAUGCCCGAAUUGUUUUUGAGUUGAUUCCCCAUAAUGAUGUCAUACUUUGGAGCUUUAUGAUCUCUCGAUAUGCUCAGAGCUAUCAGAAUGAGCAGGCUUUUGAGAUGUUCCUCAGAAUGAUGCUGUCUUCUGUGGUGCCUAACGAAUUUAGUUUGUCCGGUGUUCUGCAAGCUUGUUCAAAUAUCGCCUUCUUGGAUCUAGGGAUGCAGAUUCAUAAUCUUGCUAUAAAGUUAGGCCAUGAGUCUGAUCUGUUUGUUGGAAAUGCACUAAUGGAUCUCUAUGCCAAGUGCAGAAACAUGGAAAGUUCACUUGAGAUCUUCUCAUCACUACGGAAUGCCAAUGAGGUGAGCUGGAACACAAUUAUUGUUGGCUACUGCCAAUCUGGUUUUGGAGAAGAGUCUUUGAGUGUGUUCUGUGAGAUGCGUGCUGCUCAGAUGCUUUUGACUCAAGUUACAUACUCCAGUGUGCUCCGGGCUUGUGCGGGCACAGCAUCUAUCAAACAUGCUGUUCAGAUUCACAGUUUGAUUGAGAAAUCCACAUUCCAUAGCGACACCGUUGUUAGCAAUUCACUGAUUGAUACAUAUGCUAAGUGUGGAUGCAUUCGGGAUGCUCUCAAGGUAUUCACAACUCUAAAAGAAUGUGAUGUAAUUUCAUGGAAUGCCAUAAUCUCAGGAUACGCUCUUCAUGGACAUGCUGCAGAUGCUCUAGAACUUUUUGACAGGAUGAAUAAAAGCAAUAUUAAAGCCAAUGACAUCACCUUCGUUGCUCUCCUGUCUGUCUGCAGUAACACGGGUUUAGUGAGUCAAGGACUCUCUCUGUUUGAUUCUAUGAAAUUUGAGCACAGAAUCAAACCAUCUAUGGAGCAUUACACAUGCAUUGUUAGGCUUCUAGGACGCGCUGGCCGUCUAAAUGAUGCUCUUAAGUUUAUUGGGGAUAUACCUUCAGAACCAUCUGUUAUGGUUUGGCGUGCAUUGCUUAGUUCUUGUUUAGUCCAUAAAAAUGUAUCACUGGGAAGAUUUUCUGCAGAGAAGGUACUCGAGAUUGAACCACACGAUGAGACAACCUAUGUCUUACUAUCAAAUAUGUAUGCUGCAGCAGGAAGUUUGGAUCAAGUUGCUCUUUUGAGGAAAUCAAUGAGGAACAUUGGUGUAAAGAAAGAGCCUGGUCUCAGUUGGGUUGAGAUCAAGGGGGAAGUUCAUUCCUUUUCAGUGGGAUCAGCAGACCAUCCAGAUAUGCGGGUGAUAAAUGCAAUGCUGGAAUGGCUAAACCUGAAGGCCAGUAGGGAAGGCUAUGUUCCUGACAUUAAUGUAGUGUUGCAUGAUGUAGAUGAGGCACAAAAGGCUCGCAUGCUGUGGGUGCAUAGCGAGAGGCUGGCUUUAGCAUAUGGCCUUGUAAUGACACCUCCGGGCCAUCCAAUACGGAUAAUGAAGAAUUUGCGUUCCUGCUUGGACUGCCAUACCAUAUUUAAGGUGAUAUCUAAAAUAGUUCAACGGGAAAUCAUCGUAAGGGACUUAAAUCGUUUUCAUCAUUUUGAGGGAGGAUUGUGCUCCUGUGGUGACUAUUGGUAAUGUUCUGUUGUUCAUUGAUGUAUUGAAGGAAGUUAUGCAUAGACUACAUAUUCUAUAUACUGCUGGUUGCACAUUUGUCUAGAACAAAACUCUUUGCCAUGAUAAAACUCCAGGAUAUUGCAUGCACACUUGAUUUUUCUGGAUGAAACAACUAUCAAGAUGAUUUGUUGCUGGGAUCUGUAAGAGCACUGCUGAUGAAAAUCUCCUGCUGUUUGUUGAGCUCAACUGUUUACUGGGUAGACAAUCUACAACCCUUCUCAUGUUAACUGAGCACAAAAGCUUAUCUUCUUUUGAGCCUAAACAUAGUUAUGGCAUCAAUGCCAACUUCAUUUGUUUUUCUCCAGGCAUUGCAGGUUGCCACCAACUGGGUGGUGAAGAUUUGGAACAUUUUGCCUUUUACAGCCCAAGCUGUGUGAAUCUUCUUGAUGCUCUGUUCUCAUACUUACAAAGCUUGUUUUGAUAAGUAACAGCGGACACUGGUUUGGAGAGUGGAGAGACAGUUUUGAUCCAAGAUCACUAGAUCACAAGUAUGGAUGCAAGUGGGUACCCAAUGGGUAGUUUUGGGUCAUUACUUCAGUUUCUUUGCAUCCUUACUUGGCAUAGUGGAAGUGCAUGUUUAGUUCAACUGAGUGAGUUUUGGGUUGACCCAAUGACCCAAAAAAAGCAAAAACUUGCAUCCCUAAUCGUAGGGUAAGCUGAGAUGGUUAUUGGGAGAUAUUCUUUGGUAAUCACGAGCUUGCAUAUUGGAAGGUUAUCACUCUGUAAGGUCAGAGAACUUUCUCUAGCAGUUAUUGGGUUUUCCUAUCUCAUCCAAUAAUCUUUUGCGGAUUUUACAUGUCUGAAAGGGGCCACCCAAAAUUUGAAUUCAACUGCAACUCGGUCUUUUUCCAGAAAAGGAAAACUGGGCCUGACCAGGAUUUCUGGCAACCAGUGGUAACACACAGGUCAUUGCGGUGAUUUAAGAUUCUACUUGUGCCUUCUAACUGACCGGGAAUUAGGUCAUUAUUACAAAGAAAGACCAGAAAAUCAGUGCUAACUCUCCAGGAGUUUUGGUUUCCUAAGUCCAUUCAUUCAUGAAUACUGAGAGGUAUGGCAGAUGAACACAAACUUACCCACGUUCACUACCUGUAUCAACUUUUAAACUUUUGAAUGGUAAGUGCGAACGUGUAAACUAUAUUUAAA